CGUUCUGCUCUUCUUUCUUCCCGCUGCAGCCACCCGAAAGAAAAAAAAAAAGGGAACCCAGCCAUGCCUUUGAGAAACCGGUGAGAUAAGCUUGGUUUUGGCCUUCUUUUCUUGCUCUAGAACACAAAUUGAACCCAGAAAAUCUUCCCCCCUACAGGAAGCUUCCGGAUCUGCCUUGCUCUGCUCCUCACUGCCGGCUGCUCUUGCUUUGUGGGGGCGAAUUUCUCUGAUUUUGGCUCGUGAAUUGCCCCUGCAGAUCCCGCCGGCCUCUUCCCCAACUGCAACUCCGAUUUUGCUUGUUAAACUCCGGUAUGUGACAGCCCUCCAACCCCGAAUAUGUCCGUUAAUUUGCUGCCUUGAAUCUUGAAUUUUCUGCCUUUGAUUUGCCCUUGUACUGUUCGGGAAUUUUUGUUGAAAUUGGGGAUGAAUUUUGGCAGCAUUAAGUUAUGUUUUAAGCUUGGUUUAGGUAGAGAAAUUAGCUUGAUUAGUUGCUGUGAUUUUUGGAGAAAAAUCCCGUGAGAAUAGGCUAUGGUUUUGCCAAUUUUGGAAGUUGGAGUUACUGUUCACAUCGUAGUUACUGUUCAUGGCACUGUUAACAGAUUACUGUUCACACACCGAGGGUCAACCAUUAAUGGGGAUUUAAAUGAUUAGUUUGUGAUAUAAGAAUAAAUUUGGAGAUGUCUGGUAAUGUGGAGAUCGAUAGAAAUAGCAUCGUGAUUAGAGAUUAGUCAUGAUGAUUUCAGUUUGAAUUUAUGGUAGUGCGGUAUUAAUUUUGGAUAUUUUGAUUAGGUUCCUAAUCGUUCUGUCAGUUUAGCACUGAGAUUGAGUCUUCGGUUUUAUGCGAUUUGAGGAAGUGAAACCAAGGACGGGGAAACCACGGGAAGUGACGGGUUAGAAGGCUAGCCAUUUCGAGAUUGAUAUAGAGUUUAGAAAUAAAUCAUGAUCUUGUAAACCAGAGUGUAUUUGGAGAUUUUAUGAUAUCAAAGCAGAUUUUAAGAUUUGAUCUUUAGAUUUUAAUGGUAUCAGAUUGUGAAUUGGAUAAGUUUUGAGCCUUGUGCACUUGUGGGACUCGUCUCACGAGUGUAUAGCGUCUGUCGCACCUCAAAUUUGGGUUUUGGGGCGUGACACUCAACUUUAAUGUUUUUGAAAAUUUUGGGGUAUUACAAAAACAUCUAUAUAUAUUAAUUAAAUACUUUCUUUAUUUGAUAAAUUUAUCGUUUUACUUUAAUUUUAUUAUCUCAUUAUUCAUUAAAUUCAGCCUACUAUUUUUUACCAUCCUUCAUUAAAUUCAAUUUUAGCCUUGCAUGCACUCUUCUUUUUCGUUCUUUUUUUUUUCCCAUCUAACUAAUCAAACUUCAAUUACAGUUUUUUAUGUAAAAGAUAUAUUUACUAAUUUAUAAUGAUUUUAAUUUUUUUAAAUUCUACUAUGGUUUUUUCUCCCAUUAUUAAUUAAAUUCAGCAUACCAUUUUUUACUACCCUUUAUUAAAUUCAAUUUUAGCCUUGCAUGCACUCUUCUCUUUCGUUCUUUUUUUUUUUUUCCAUCUAACUAAUCAAACUUUAAUUACAAUUUUUUAUUUAAAAGAUAUAUUUGCUAAUUUAUAAUGAUUUAAAAUUUCGUUCUUUUUUUUCUUUUUUCCAUCUAACUAAUCAAACUUUAAUUACAAUUUUUUAUUUAAAAGAUAUAUUUGCUAAUUUAUAAUGAUUUAAAAUUUUUUUUUAA